GAUCCAAGCUAGAGCGGUGGGUGGAGGCCGUUGGGAACAUCUGGAAUGCACGGCAGAGAGCAUGGAGACCCAGUGUAGCUGGGCUUUCUGAGAAUUUCCUCUCUGAGACAUAAGCCUGGUGCAGCUUCAAGUUGAAACUCACAGAGGUAAGAAGAGAAGGUGCCUAAUGGAGUAGAGAAGAGACAUUUCAAAGACCAUGGGGGUUGCUGAGAAGACAAAAGGUGCCUUCGAAAUUUUGGCUGGGACAAGCCCUGAAUCAGAACACAUUAUUUAAAACGCCCCAAGGCCCACAGGUUGCCUCCUACCAGUUUGAACCUAAGCCUUUGGCUCCAGGUAUAGUGUCCUUUCAGCCACAGGGGUGCCGGGGCUCAAGAACACAACCCCACUGCAAAUCCAGGGAAACCUAAUGCAAGCCCCACUCAGCCUGAGAACCCCAACCCCGGGAGGAGCCAGCCCAUCAACCUGAACCAUUAUGCCACCAAGAAGAGCGUGGCAGAGAGCAUGCUGGACGUGGCUCUCUUCAUGUCCAAUGCCAUGCGGCUGAAAACGGUGCUGGAGCAGGGGCCGUCCUCUCAAUACUAUGCUACCCUCAUCACUCUCAUCAGCAUCUCUCUGCUCCUGCAGGUCGUCAUCGGAAUCCUCCUCGUGGUCAUUGCACGGCUGAACCUGAAUGAGGUGGAAAAGCAGUGGCAAUUAAACCAGCUCAACAAUGCUGCCACCAUCUUGGUCUUCAUCACUGUUGUCAUCAAUGUCUUCAUUACAGCUUUCGGGGCACAUAAGACAGGGUUCCUGGCUGCCAGGACCUCAAGGAAUCCUCUCUGAAUUCAGCUUGGAACCCAGGUACCGGAUCUGGAGCUGCUUCCGCCCCUUUCCUCCCUGAUCUGCCAGGCUGAUGAGCACUUCCCCUGGGAGCUCCUGAAAGAGCAAUGUAGAUGCCUGCUUCCUACCACAGCACCUGAGUGAAGAUGGGAUAGUUUACUGGUCCAAGUGAAUUUCAUCUUGGUCCACAGGCCUGAGCUCAGCGUGGGAUAGUGCCAACCUUUGCUCCUGGUGGCACCCGCACCUGAGGCAUGUCGACCCAAGGCUGACUCCACCAGCUUAAGGACUCUGGUUCUGACUUACUCCAUUCCUUCCCUCCGUCCCAUCCAUCCCCAGGCCUAUUUUCCCAGGUAAAAUGGAAUGAUUUCUAUCUAUAAAAGUUUCUGCAAACCCA